AUGUUGAUUAGCGUGCAAGAUCCAGGUUCAAGUCGGACUAGGAUUGUUGAUGAGCUGGAAGCGAGGUCAAAACUUCGACCUUGUUGCGUUGAGUUGCUCAAGGGCACGCGCUUGCCUGCUUUCUCUUCAGCCAUCCGCAGCGAGUUCUUCGGCAAAAUGGCCUCUUCAUCACGUCCCGAUGGCGAAGUUGGCCUCGCGCCUAAUGCCCGGUUGACUGAGGACGAGUUGCCUGCGAAAGACGGCCAUGAUGCUCCCAGUCGGAAUGUUGCGGAUGGUCAGGGCCCACCCCCCCUCCAGCUCUGCUUGAUUAGCAACAACUCGCACUCCCCCUGGGCGUCAUGGCAGAAGCGACACAAGGGUUCGGACGCAGCCGCGGCUGCCGUGGCAACCAACUCGCGGCCGAUGAUCCAACUCAGAGUUCGCCUUUCUGAGGCUCUGGAGCAGGCUGGAGAGCUUUAUUCGGACGUUGUACAAUGCAUGGAGCUCCAUACGGCAGAUUCAUUUAGCAGGACUUCUUAUGGCCAGGCCCAAUUGAUGCCAAGGCUGAGCCAGCUGACGCCUGGGGAGCUGACUAAAUUGCUGCCACCCGGCCAGUUUCUGGCCGGCAGAGGAGCCAAAAAGCGGAAAAGCCGGCGUGGUCCACACAGGCCCUCCAAACCACUCACGACAAGGCCAAGCCUUAGUGAAUGCGAUAAAAACGGUAUGUAUGUUCAUCUCAUCAACCUGGUCUUUGUCAAACUGAUCAUACACUUUGGGUCACACUUUUUAUUCACACAUUCGUGA